CUAGAUAUUUCUAUUCAUCAUUUUGGGGAUUUCAGCAAAUUAGUACACUGACUGGGAAUUUAAUCCCUAGCUAUUUUGUUCCCGAAAUCCUUUUUACUAAGGCCAUUCUUGCGUCAGGACUGUUGCUGUUUGCUCUUCUCAUUGGAAACAUACAGAAUAUUCUUCAGGCUCUUGGACGCAGGAAGCUAGAGAUGUCACUUAGGCGACGUGAUGUUGAGCAAUGGAUGAGCCACCGGCGCUUAGGAGAUGAUCUAAGAAGGAGAGUGCGACAGGCUGAACGAUAUAACUGGGCUGCAACAAGGGGGGUGAAUGAAGAAAUGCUCCUGGAGAAUUUGCCAGAAGACCUCCAAAGGGAAAUUAGACGUCAUCUCUUCACAUUUAUUAAGAAAGUUCGAAUUUUUGCCUUACUGGAUGAGCCUAUCUUGGAUGCCAUAUGUGAGAGGCUAAGGCAGAAAACAUAUAUCAAAGGAAGCAAAAUUUUGUAUGAUUGUGGUUUGGUAGAGAAGAUGGUUUUUAUUGUGCGUGGAAAAUUGGAGAGCGUUGGCGAAGAUGGAAUCAGUGCUCCCCUUUAUGAAGGGAGUGUCUGUGGUGAAGAACUUCUGACAUGGUGUCUUGAGCAUUCCUUAGCAAGCAAAGGUUGCAGAAAAGCAAGGAUUCCAAGGCAAAAGCUGGUUAGUAACAGAAGAGUAAUAUGCUUAACAAAUGUGGAGGCAUUUUCCCUUAGAGCAGCAGACCUUGAAGAAGUUACAGGCCUAUUUGCAAGAUUCUUUAGGAAUCCCCGUGUUCAAGGAGCCAUAAGGUAUGAAUCACCUUAUUGGAGAUGCUUUGCAGCAACAAGCAUUCAGGUUGCAUGGAAAUACAGAAUGAAAUGUCUCCGUCGUGCUAAAACUACAUAAUCAAAUGAAACAUGAACAUUUAGAUUUCAAUGUUAUAUAUAAGGUGCAUUAGACAUCACUUAUUCACACCUACAAAUUAUUGUAAAGUCAUU